AUGGCAACCGUAGGAAACCAGCGUGUGACGGUAUCGGUGCGCGUGCGCCCGAUGCUGCGCGAGGGCGCCGCUGCGAAUCACCAGCAGGAGAAGUUUGAGCUGCAAGGCGUGCACCGCGUCGGCGAUAACAGUCUCAAGGUAGAACUGACGAAGCCAGGCGAGCCGACAAAGAGCAGCCUCUUCACGUUCGACUACGUUUUCGAUCAGGAGAGCACGCAGCUGGAGGUGUAUGAGGAUGCCGUAGUGGACAUGGUCGAUGCCGCGCUCGUCGGCGUGAAUGUCACCCUCUUGGCCUACGGACAGACUGGCUCCGGCAAGACCUUCACCGUCCUGGGCGAUGUGAAGCCGAACCCGCUUGAAAACGACCUGCUCACGGCGAACAGUGGCAUGUUCCUGCGUGUGCUGAGCGACUUGAUGGACUACAAGGUUCGCCAAGCCAAGAAGGGCUGGCACGUGGUGGUGGGUUUAAGUUGCAUAGAGAUUUACAACGAGAACAUCCGCGACCUGUUUGGUGGCAAGUCUAACUCGGCACCGCCGGCGCUGAAGGCGGUCAUGACCGGCGAGGAUGUUCAUCUGCCAUCGCUCAUCAUCAAGGAGAUGACCACUCUGCAGGCAGUUUUCAGCGAGAUUCAGCUGGCCAUCGCACGCCGCAUGAGCCGUGCGACGGACUCCAACUCGCAGUCGAGCCGCAGUCACUGCCUCUUCUCCAUUGAUAUCCUUCAGCAGGCGAACUCGGCCCCCGCGCCUUCGCUGGACAUUCUCGAUCAGUCAAAGAAGGGCAACGAUACGAAGAAGGGUGUGGCGGCCACGAAGAAGGCCGGCGGCCUGGCUUCCGCAGCGCAGGAUUCGCAGCUGCCGGAGUGGGAAAUGCCGUUCCAGGGUACGGUCUUCCGCAUGCCCGGACAGAAGGAGCCCAUCUACACCAGUAAGAUCAUCCUUGCCGAUCUCGCCGGUAGCGAGCGCAUUGCCCGCAGUGGUGUGACCGGCGAUGGCCUGGCAGAGGCCACAUCCAUCAACAGCAGCUUAACAGCACUGGGGAACGUGGUACACAGCCUGCACGAGGGCGGCUUCGUCAGCUACCGUGUUUCAAACCUGACGCGACUUCUCAAGCCGGCCUUUUCGCACCCCAGCUCGCGCGUGCUGCUCUUGGCACAGUGCUCACCCACGCAGCUGACGUUCGAUGAGACGGUCAGCACACUGCACUUUGCGAACAAGGUAAAAGAUAUGAAGGUGACCACGUGCACCGGCGCCGAAGUGGAGAAGCUGCAGUUUGACUUUCUCGAGUCCGGCAAGAUGUACGACGCGCUGCUGGCAGACCUGCACAUCUUCGCUGUGGAGUCGCAGGCGACGAUCGGCAUCAUUCGCCGCAGCCUGCCGCAGAAAUGCAGUCUCUACUAUGACGCGUCAGCGGGCAAGAACGGCAAAACGGUCAAGGUGAGCAUAAAAGACCGCCGCUUGCCGGCCGACGUGGCGGGCGUGCUGGCUGUGGCGCAGAAGGAGCGUGCGCAGUUGUUGGCCGCUAUUGAAAAGGAGAAGUCGGAGGAGCUUUCAGUAGUGCAAAAGGCGGCGGAUGAGGCACGGGAUGAUAUUAUCAAAGAGUACACGAACGAGCUGAAAGAGCUGAAGGAGUCGAUUACGAAAGAGGUGUCAAUGCGCGUCCACCAUGUGUCGCAGCAGUUGUUGCUUGAUUCGGCAGCCCGCGGCAACAAGAUCGUCGAGGAAGAGGCGGAGGCGUGGGUCUCAAUGACGCUGCUGUACCUGAAGGAGCACAAGGCGGCCUGCAGUAAGGAGUUAUCGACAAUAUCGGGCCGUCUCGACGACUUGUCCCAGAACGUCAACAAGCAGCGUCUGUCUGACGCCCCGAAGGAGACACCCGAGACCGUUGAGGCGGACUCCAAGUACGCCCUCUCCACGUGGUUUCACUGCUUGGCGAAGCGCUUCUUCUCGUUCUGCAUGGAGGUGCACGAGUAUCGGGCUGUUCUCCUGAACACAUGCCAAGGCAAUAUGGCCCUGGUGAGGUGGAAGAAGAAGAACGCUGAGCUGCUGAAGAAGUUCGAAGAGGAGAACUCGGUGUAG